AUGGCGGCUGCGAGGGCCGCGCCGGGCCGCGGGGCACCCGGGCGGCCCUGCCCCUUCUCCAUCGAGCACAUCCUCUCCGGCCUUCCUGAGCGCAGCCCCCCGGCCCGGGCCGCCCGCCCGCCGCCUGCCCCUGACCGCCAGAGCCCCUCGGAGCUGGGGGAGCCCGGGGCGCCGGAGGCCGCGCGCUGCGCCUGCUGCUGUUGUCGCAGCCCCCGCUGGCCCCCGGAGACAGAUGCGCGGCUGGGCACGCGGCUGGCGUGGCCACUGAGGCUGACACCCGUGGCGCCCUUGCCCUGGGCCGCGCCCCCCGGGGGCCCCGGGGCGCAGCCAGGCGCGGGUGUCCCGGGCCCGCCGCGGCGCACGCGGCGUCACCGCACCAUCUUUAGUGAGGAGCAGCUGCGGGCGCUGGAGGCCCUCUUUGUGCAAAACCAGUACCCCGACGUGGGCACGCGCGAGCGCCUGGCCGGCCGCAUCCGCCUGCGCGAGGAGCGCGUGGAGGUCUGGUUCAAGAACCGCCGGGCCAAGUGGCGACACCAGAAGCGCGCGUCGUCGUCCGCGCAGCUCCUAGCCGGACCCGAAAAGCCCCCGAAGGAGGGCUGCUGA